GAGCCCGGCGAGAGGAAACCGUAAUCAGCAAACAUCAACACAUCAGAAUGCACAGCCCCGCCCAAGCAACCCCAACCCCGAACCCGGCGGUGGCCAAGGCAGACUGAAGGCGGUGAGGCAGACGGCACAGUGAUGGAGAAGAACCCUUACACCAUGGCCAAGCUGGGCUUGGAGGCCAGAGGCGACCUGGGCUCAAAGCGGGACUGUGGCUUCUACGUGAAAUAUUUCUUCCUCUUCCUCUCGCUCAUCCAGUUCCUCAUCAUUUUGGGACUGGUCCUCUUCAUGGUUUACGGCAACACCCAGGCGGGGACGGAGAAGCACGUGCAGGAGCUGAGGGCCCACCUGAACCAGUCCAGUGCUGAGGUCAAGACCCUCAAAGAAGGGCAAAAGGCCUUGCAGCACCAACUCAAGGCGAGCGCCAACGACAGCCGACUCCAGCGGGGCCUGGCGCAGAAGCUGAACAUCUCCUUGAAAGUCUGCAAUGACGAAAAGACAAGGUGUAAAGAAACACUGCAAAGUAACAUCAGGAAUCAGCAAGCAUUGGAUAGAUGCGCCAAUGACUUCUACUACCUCAACUUUACUCUUAGCGCUACUAUCCAGACUCUGGAAGCCCAGCUGAAAGCCCAGCUGGCAAGGUGUCAGCUGGAGCGGGAAAGUUACUCCCGGGACCUCCGCGCCUUGCAGGAGAAAGCGGAGAAGGCCGAGAGGGAGAAGACCAGUUGCCAGCUCGAGAAGGCCCAGGUGGAGGCGGAGGCUCGGACCCUCCGCGACUUGGAGACCAAGGUGCUGGCCGAGAUGGCUCCUGCCCGCCAGCACCUGCUGUCCACCGUGAGCCGGGCCCUGCCCGUCGACACCCUGACGUGCUACCAGUCUGACUUCGCCGAGGCGAAACGGCUCUGCCGCGAGCUGCCCGGCCACCUGCAAGCCGAGCUGGACCGCUCCGCGCGCGAGAUCGCCCGCACCGCCAACGGCGUGGCCCAGGAGGUGGCCCGGCUGCAGCGCGCCAAGGACGACUGCGGCCUGCAGCUGCAGGAGUGCGAGGGCAAGCGCAAGGCCCAGGACCAGCUGGCCAGCUGGGAGCUGGAGGUCUGCAAGUCCAAAUACGACGAAGACGUCCGGAAAGCCUACGACGAGCGGCAGAAGUUGCUCACGGAGAAGGAGGGCUUGCAGCGGCAGCUGGAGCAGGCCACGAGGCAGCCCUGCAGGAAGGACCCAGCCGCCCCCGCCGGCAGUACCCCCAUGAGGCCUCCAUUCGGCUUUGGGUCAUCUGGCGUCCUGAACCCGGCUGCUAGUCUUCCCUGGAAUGCGGGCAGUGUGCAAAAUGUAGGACCUCGGAGUGGAGCAGCCGCUGCGGGGGUCCCAUCCCAUCCCUACAGCAGCCCGAACUGGGGGAGAAGUGGGCAGCCCGCCCUGCCGGACAAUCGGGGCGGCAUUGGGGCAUUCACAAACACUGGUGUUCACCGGCCUUCUCCACCGUUGGCUGUUGCUGGAGGUCAGGGAAUGCCGAGCAAAGCUGACCAAACCAGACUACCGGAGAAGAAGACGGAGGCUGCAGCAGAGAGCAACAGGCGGCAGAACCAGCCCACGGUGAAACCAGUGGGACAACCCAGUGGCUAACCGGAGCAGCAGCAAAGCAGCCAGGCCCGCCUCGCCUGAGAAGCGGGCUGGAUUGUCAAGCUGGGCAGGAGAGUCCAGAACUGGAAGACGCCGUCCACACCUGGAAGUCCUUAAGCAGGCCAGAGAGAAGAGGAGGCAGUGACCGGCCGCUGGUCUCUUUGCUCGGCUGGCCCCUGGCUGUGAUGCCAUUUAUGUGCAUUUAUCUUUUCUCCCUCCAGAUUAUUAUGUCUUUUUCAUCGUGUCUGCCCGGGUUAAGGCUUCGUAUCCCCGCGUCACCAGCGGCAGGCACGAAGGGCCUGGGGUGAUCUCGCAGGACCAGUCACCUUUCCCUACUUGGUUGUGAAGAUAACAUAGGAUUUAACCCCACCCCAACCCCCCAUGACCUAUUUAAAUAUUGUUAGUAUUUAAAAUAUUGCCCUCCAAAAGAGCAAAGAUGCCAAAGCCUCCGUUGCAAAGCCAAUGGCUGGACCCAGCUUGGCUUUAUAAAUAACUCAAGUUGUAGCAUGUUUAUACGAGCAUCUUUUGUGUACACAUUUUUAUAGAGACAAGAGCAGGGGCAGAAGGCUUGGAAGUUUUCCCUGACAGAUCUAAUUAGCCAACAACAAGAUCACUUGUUGCCCGUGGUAGUAGAGUGUGAGAGACUCCAUGUUCAGAGGCAGUAUAGCUUUGUUUCUCCUCUUGUUUGUCUGGUAAUUCAUUCAUGAAUGAUAAUCAAAUGGGGUGGGGGACGCCAAUAGCUUCGUGGUAUGCAUGCAGUCCCAAAUUAAUCCCCAGCACCUCUGGGUAUAAAGGGUUUUAGACCACGUUGCUGGGAGAGGUCCCUUUUGGCCCUAAAGUUGCUGUUGGUCAGAGUCAGAAGUCCUGAGCUUAUGGUCAGACUCAGCAGACGGCAGCUUCUGUCCGAUGUACAUUUUUUCUCCACUUCUGGACUUUCCAGAGGCUCCCUGUUAGAAACAGGGUGCUCGCUGGGUGCGGCUAUUGCUUUUCUUAUGCAGCUCUCGAUGGGAUUAUGAUGUAUCCACCUGUGGAAAUGUAAUUACUUGCAAACAUGUACUCUGUACAGCAGAUUAAGAGCAAGGAUAUGUGUGGCGUGAAAGCCAACAGACCUAAUAAACAUAUUAAAAAUCAAA